AUGGUUUCCUCAAGGGCAAUGAAAUGCUUCUACUUCAGCAAAGAAAAGCCUCAUGAUCAAGAAACUAACAAGACGAGAAAAUUUGAUUCACUGCAAUCUUCAAGAGGAGGAGGAUCAGGCUCUGACUUUAACUCAGAAACAAGUACUGCCACUUCCAUCACUUCUUCCUUGCACGUCCUCUCCGAGACACACAGUAACAAUCUCAAAGUCUUUGCCCUCGAUGACCUCAAAACCGCUACCAAGAACUUCAGCCGCUCCUUGAUGAUCGGCGAAGGUGGCUUCGGUGGCGUCUUCCGCGGCGUCAUUAACAACCCUCAAGAACCUCGUAAAAAGAUCGAUAUCGCAGUUAAACAACUCAGCAGAAGAGGUCUUCAGGCAAGCCAAAGCUCUCUCUCUUUUCGGUUUAGUUCGGGGCAUAAAGAAUGGGUGACAGAGGUAAAUGUGUUGGGAGUAGUGGAGCAUCCGAAUCUGGUGAAGCUGAUCGGUUAUUGCGCUGAGGAUGACGAGAGAGGGAUCCAACGGCUACUAGUUUACGAAUACGUACCAAACAGAAGCGUGCAAGACCAUUUAUCAAACCGUUUUAUAGUCACUCCUCUGCCUUGGUCCACCAGAAUGAAGAUUGCUCAAGACACUGCUCGAGGUCUCGCUUAUCUUCAUCAAGGCAUGGAGUUUCAGAUCAUCUUUAGAGACUUCAAAUCCUCUAACAUCCUUCUUGAUGAGAAUUGGAAUGCAAAGCUCUCUGAUUUCGGACUUGCUCGAAUGGGUCCAUCUGAUGGAAUCACUCACGUCUCCACUGCGGUUGUAGGAACCAUCGGUUAUGCAGCGCCGGAAUACAUCCAAACCGGACAUCUCACGGCCAAGAGCGACGUGUGGAGCUACGGAAUCUUUCUAUACGAGCUCAUCACAGGGAGGAGACCGUUCGACCGAAACCGUCCAAGAAACGAGCAGAACAUCUUGGAGUGGAUCAGACCGCACUUGUCUGACAUCAAGAAGUUCAAGAUGAUCAUCGACCCAAGACUUGAAGGAAACUACUACCUCAAAUCUGCGUUGAAGCUAGCCGCGGUUGCGAACCGGUGUCUGAUGGUUAAGGCAAAGUCAAGGCCAACGAUGAGUCAGGUGGUAGAGAUGUUAGAAAGGAUAGUGGAGACAUCAAAUGAUCCUCCUUCUUCUGGACUUCCAUUGAUGAAGAGCUUGACUCCUAAAGAUGCUUUUGAAGCAUCAAGAAGAGAAAGAGUCAAGAGAAGAUUCGUUGAGCUUGUAAUCGGAGUUAAUGGUUGUCCUAAUUUGCCUUCUUGGUCUCCUAAACUCGUUACUUCCAUUUGA